UUUGAUGGAUGUCUAAGACCAAAUAUAAUUUGUUUUUAGUUCACAGUUACUUCGCUUAUAAGUUCUGAUCAUUACUCCUCUGAGAUAUGUGUUCAAGUCUUUUUUUCGUUCUCAUUUACUUCACCCAUAUGUUCAGAUCAUAACUCCUUCGAGAUUAAUCUGAUCGUGGGUGUGUUGUUAAUUAUGGCUUGCAGGCUUCUUCAGAGGUAACAAUCGUGGAGAAAAGAAGGUGGAUUCUCAAUGACUGACAUUGAAAAGCCGCUCGGAAGGUGGACUCUCAAUGACUUUGGCAGGGGAAAAGAGGAUCAGUGAUCUUGACUUCUUCUAUUUUAUGUGUUAGAUAUGCAAAGUUUCAAGGUUGGACCUUUUUCUCAUUUGAGUAUGUGUUGCUUUGUCAUGUAUCGGUUGAUACAUGUUGUUUAUCUCCUGAAAUUAAUUUUCCCAAAAAAAUUGUUUGCUACCUCCUUCGAAAUCCUAAUGAAAAUUGUGAUAUUUGAACUCUCUUACUAUUUAAGGUGUUCAACGUGACUAUGCGAUUGUAUUUGUGUUAAUUUUCUGCUAAUGGGCAAAUUAAUCUAUUUCAUUUUGGACAAAGCAAUCACUAAGGUGCUUUCCAAGAGCCAAGGGGUUGCAAGGGAGUCAUAUUGGGUGAAUGUAGGAAAGCCACAACAAUAUCAUAUUAUCGGUUCUAAGUUCCACCGACUAGCGCGACGAGCCACCACCGACCGGCGCACGAUCAAGAGCAGCAUCACCUUCGUCGACACCUCCGAUUGCUACAAUCCAGACACCAAUGAAGUACUCCUCGCUCUUAUUUUUCCGACUGCCUCAUCUACCACCAUGUAUUCAAGUAAGCCAAAAUAUUCCCAAACCGGAAAGAGCAAAUCCACCCACGCAUUAUUUUCGAGUUCAAUUGAUCGAAGGUAAA